CGAGGAGCAGCGGCGGCAGCAACAGCAUCCUUCUCCUCCUCCUGCGCUUCAGCACCGCCAGCUCUGCGUUGUCAACGGCGAUCCCGGGGAGAGCAGCGCGGCGGAAGGCAGCCUCAAGGAGGAGACCCUGUAUGAUACCAUCAAGCCCCCCGGCACCGCCGGCACCGGCCCUUGCUCCGACAAGCUGGCAUCACCGCCCGGGCGGAUGGACGAGCCGGCGCCCAAUGCCCUUGUCGUGCGCAUCGGGAUCCCAGACCUCCAGCAAACGAAGUGUAUGCGGCUGAACCCUGAUGUCCCCGUCUGGGUCUCCAAGCAGCGCAUCCUCUGCACCUUGAACCACAGCCUGAAGGACGUCCUGAACUAUGGCCUCUUCCAGCCAGCCUUCAACGGCAGGGCUGGGAAGUUCCUGGACGAAGAGCGGCUGUUGAGGGAGUACCCCCUGAACCCGGACACCCCGGUCCCUUACCUGGAGUUCCGGUACAAGAGGCGAGUUUACAUCCAGAGCCUGCUGGACGACAAGCAGUUUGCCAAGUUGCACACGAAGGCGAAUUUGAAGAAGUUCAUGGAAUAUGUGCAGACGCUGAACGUGGAGAAGGUCAGCAGGCUGCUGGAGAAGGGACUGGACCCCAACUUCCACGACCCGGACAGCGGAGAAUGCCCCCUGACGAUGGCCGCCCAGCUGGAGUACUGCAUCGACAUGAUCAAAGCCCUGAGGAACGGAGGCGCCCACCUGGAUUUCCGGACGCGGGAGGGCAUGACGGCUCUGCACAAAGCCGUCCGGUGCCGGAAUCACACUGCCCUGAUGACGCUGUUAGACCUGGGUGCCUCUACAGAUUACAAGGACAGCCGCGGAUUAACGCCUCUGUACCACAGUGCCAUGGUUGGAGGGGACCCCUACUGCUGUGAGCUCCUCUUGCACGACUACGCCAAGGUGGGCUGCAUCGACGAAAACGGCUGGCAAGAAAUCCAUCAGGCCUGUCGCUAUGGGCAUGUUCAACACCUAGAGCACCUUCUUUUCUAUGGGGCGGACAUGACAGCGCAGAACGCAUCCGGGAACACAGCUCUCCACGUCUGUGCUCUCUACAACCAGGAGAGCUGUGCUCGGGUCCUUCUCUUCCGCGGUGCGAGCAAGGAGAUCCGGAACUACAACAGCCAGACAGCAUUCCAGGUGGCCAUAAUUGCGGGGAAUUUUGAACUGGCCGAAAUCAUCAAAACCCACAAAGAGUCCGACGUUGUGCCUUUUAGAGAAACUCCCAGCUACACGAAGAGGAGGCGGAUCAUCGGCACGGGCGGCCUCUCCUCCCCCCGCCUGCUGCAGCGGUCUGCCAGCGACAACAACUUGAAGUCCGAGAGCCGCCCGUCCUACUCCCCAGUGCCCUCGCUCCGCGGCCUGCCCCAACAGCUGCUGGCUCAGAUGCAGGAAGCCGCUGUCGGGGUGGGGUUGGGGGACAGUAGCCUGGUGAGCACGGGCAGCUCCCGGAGUGCCCACAGCCGCUCCCCGUCGCUGCAGCGCGUGCGGGAAGAGAAGGAGGCCGAUGCCCACACACUCAGGAGAAGCAGCCGCGGCAAGGCCAGCCUUGGUCGUGCCGGGGAGGGGAGGGGAGAAGGAGGGUCUUCGGUGGGCAAAGCAGGCCAGCCGCGGACACUCAAGAGCAGCUCCAGAGAGGCUGGGAAGGGCAGGGAGGGGUCCGGCCCGGGUGGGUCCCCGCCUCCCGCCGGAGGAAGAGGAGGAGCCGCUUGGCGGCGGCGGCGGCACCUGCAGCAGCCCGGCAUCAGCAACAUCAGCAUCAGCAUCAGGCUCCGCCGGAGCCGGCCGGGGUUUGGCUGUCGCCGAGCCGCCCCGUCGUCGCCAUGCGGCGGCGGGAGGCGCAGCGGCGGGCGCAGCGCGGAGGCGCGGCGGAGGAGGCGGGAGGCGCCGGGCGCCGUCGGCGGGCGAGCUGAGUCGGGCGGCGCGAAGCAGGGGCCGGCGCGGGGCGCGGGGCCGGCCGAGCCAUGGCGCUGCCCUGGGCGGAGGCGGCGGAGCGCGGAGGCGGACGCAGCGCCCGGCCGCAGCCUCGCUGGCCCGGCGGCGCCCCGGGCGGACGACGAGCGGCGGGCCCCGGCUCGCGGCGGCGGCCCCGGCGGAGCCCCGACGAGCCCCCUCCCCUCGCUCGCCACCGAGACCUCCCUCUGCGCUCCUCCUGCCUUCUUCCCGGGCGGGCCCCGAUCCAAGGAGGGCUCCCUCGGGGCGGCCAUGGCGCUCCCGCAGCAGCAGCAGCAGCAGCAGACGCCGCCGCCGCCACCGCCGGGCAACACCACCGUAACGUAUAUUUUCGUUUACAGCCCCAGCGGGAGCGGCAGCGGGCCGGGGGGCGCGCCGGGGGCCGGUCCGGGCGUGGAGCCCACCCCGCACGCCGCGCCGGCCCCGCUGCGAGGGCCCAAGAGGAAGCUGUACAGCGCCGUGCCCGGCCGCAAGUUCAUCGCCGUCAAGAGCUACACGCCGCAGGGCGAGGGCGAGAUCCAGCUCAACCGAGGAGAAGCCGUCAAGGUGCUCAGCAUCGGAGAAGGAGGCUUUUGGGAAGGAAGCGUGAAGGGGCGGACGGGCUGGUUCCCGGCAGAAUGUGUUGAGGAAGUGCAGAUGAGACAGUACGACUCCAGGCAAGAAACCCGAGAAGACAGGACCAAGAGGCUGUUUCGACACUACACGGUCGGCUCGUAUGACAAUUUCACUUCUCACAGUGACUACAUCAUCGAGGAGAAGGCGGCCGUCCUGCAGAAGAGGGAGCAUGAGGGCUUUGGCUUCGUCCUCCGGGGCGCCAAAGCGGAGACUCCGAUCGAGGAGUUCACCCCGACGCCCGCAUUCCCGGCUCUCCAAUACCUGGAGUCCGUGGACGUGGAGGGUGUGGCCUGGCGAGCAGGACUUCGCACCGGAGACUUCUUGAUUGAGGUGAACGGUGUGAACGUGGUGAAGGUUGGGCACAAGCAGGUGGUGUCUCUCAUCCGCCAGGGGGGGAACCACCUGGUGAUGAAAGUGGUUUCUGUCAGCCGCAAGCCAGAGUCGGAGGACAUUGCUCGGAAGAAAGCCCCGCCGCCGCCCAAGAGGGCCCCCAGCACCACCCUGACCCUGCGAUCCAAGUCGAUGACCGCCGAGCUGGAGGAGCUGGCCUCAAUGCGGAGGAGGAAAGGGGAGAAGCUGGACGAGAUCUUGGCAGCCGCCGAGCCCUCGCUGAGAGCGGACAUCGUGGAGGCGGAUUCCAGGGCAGCCACUGUGAAGCAGAGACCCACCAGCAGAAGGAUCACCCCUGCGGAGAUCAGUUCUCUGUUUGAGCGUCAGGGGAUGGCAGCACACACUGGGCCAGAGAAACCCCACAUUUCCCUGCGCAAAGGAAUUCCGCGGACAAAAUCUGUAGGUGAAGAUGAGAAAUUUGCUGUUUCCCUAAUGGACGGGAAGUUCCCCCGGAGCACCUCCAUGCAAGACACGGUCCGGGAAGGGCACGGCAUCCCGCCCCCGCCCCAGACGGCCCCUCCCCCUCCGCCGUCCCCCUAUUACUUUGACACGGCCCCUCCCCCGUCCUUCUCCCCCCCUCCGCCCCCGGGAAGGGUCUACGACACGAUCCGCUCCAGCUUCAAGCCGGGCUUGGAGGCCAAGCUCCACGGGCUGCCGCAGGUGAUCAGCGCGGCCGAGAUGUACGACCAGGCGAGGACGCCCCUCCCGUACCCCGAGCGGCAGAAGCGGGCACGCUCCAUGAUCAUCCUGCAGGACUCCUCCCACGUCCCCGUGGAGCCCACCGACAUCCCUCGCCCUGCCCCCUCGGCCACCCCGCCCGAGAAGUUGAAGCGGAAGGGGCGCGCGGUGGACAACCCCUACGCCAACAUGGGCCAGUUCAACGUCAGCCUCUUCACCCCCGCCAAGCCCCAGAGGAAGAAGAGCCCGCUGGUGAAGCAGCUGCAGGUGGAGGACGCCCAGGAGCGGGCGGCCCUCUCCAUCAUGGGGGGCUUCACGCGGGAGCCGUCCCCCACCCGGCGCAGCCACCGCCUGGGCAUGGAGUACCAGCCACAGCAGGUGGACGCCUCCAGCCUCCCCUUCGCCACUGCCAUCGCCGGGGUCAUGAAGGACAGAGAGCGCCGCCUCGACGAAAAGCGGAAAUCCACUGUCUUCCUCUCGGUCGGGGCCAUUGAAGGCAGCACCCCCACCAUCGAGAUGCCAUCGCUGCAGCAGUCGAGGUCGAUAGACGAGCGGCUCCUGGGCAGCCGGGACGUCCUUCUGCCUUCCCCCGUCUCAGCUUUAAAGCCAUUGAUCAGCAGCUCCUCGUCGACGUUCAUCCACCCUCUCACAGGGAAGCCUCUUGAUCCCAACUCGCCUCUGGCGCUUGCGCUGGCCGCAAGGGAGCGGGCGCUGUCCACCCAGGUCCCCUCCAGGGCGCCCACCCCCAUCCACAGCCCGGACUCGGACCGCGCGGCGCCCCUGUUUGUGGACAUCCAAACCAAAGAGCACGAGAGGGGGGAGCUGGAGGGAGGGGCCCUCGCCUCGCCCGCCUACUCACCCGGGGUCAAGGCACCCACACCGGGUGUCUUGUCCCCGGCGCAGAGCCACUGGGGGAUGCCAGCUGCGGCGAGGAAAGAGGGCGAGGCGCGGGCCGAGACCCCCGCCAAGGAGGAGAGGAAAGCAGAGGACCGGAAGUCAAUGAUCAUCAGCAUCGUGGACACGUCGCAGCAGAAGACGGCUGGCCUCGUCAUGGUCCACGCCACGAGCAACGGCCAGGACCUCGGUCUUGAGGCGAAAGAGGAGAAGCCGCCCAUUCCCGAGGGGGGCCUGGAGCCCACGGAGGCAUCCCUGGCCGAGGCACAGCCCAGCCCCGUGGCUGGGGUGGCACCUGUCAGCCCGGUCUCUGACAAGACCCUGGGUCAAGGGAGCUCAGAGGAGGAGGCGGAGCCCUACACGGUCACCCUGCCACCCGCCCAGCUGUCUUCGAGCGACGAGGAGACGCGAGAGGAACUGGCCAAGAUCGGUCUGGUUCCUCCGCCGGACGAGUUUGCGAACGGGGUCCUGGUCACCACCCCCGGCACCCCCAUCAGCCAGCUGGCCUCUCCCGUCAUCGCCACGCCAUCCAUGCCAGCGGCCGCUGUAGCACCUUCUACCGCUGGUGGAACACCCUCAGGGAAGCCCUCUGAUGCCCCCACGGCCCCGGAGUCUGCGGCGGACUCUGGAGUGGAAGAGGUGGACACCAGGAGCUCAAGCGAUCACCACCUGGAGACCACAAGCACCAUCUCCACCGUCUCCAGCAUGUCCACCCUGUCCUCCGAGAGCGGGGAGCCCACCGACACCUACACUUCCUUUGCGGACGGACAAACUUUUAUACUCGAGAAGCCACCAGUGCCUCCAAAGCCGAAACUCAAGUCCCAGCUCAGCAAGGGGCCGGUUACUUUCAGGGACCCUCUCUUGAAGCAGUCUUCGGACAGCGAGCUCAUCUCCCAGCAACACGCGGCCAUGCUGGCCUCUGCCAGCAUCGGCCGGCCACGCUACCUCUUUCAGCGAAGGUCCAAGCUGUGGGGGGACCCCCUGGACAGCAGGCCGACGCAUGGGGCUGAGGAUGACAAACCAACUGUGAUCAGCGAGCUCUCCUCCCGGCUCCAGCAGCUGAACAAGGACACGCGCUCCCUGGGGGAGGAGCCCGCUGGGAGCGUGUUGGAUCCUGGGAAGAAGUCCCCCGUGGUCGCAGCACGACUUUUCAGUAGUCUAGGAGAACUGAGCACCAUUUCGCAGCGCAGCUCGGGCACCACCUACACCGUCCGUCCCGGCAGCCGCUACCCUGUGACCCGCCGCACCCCCAGCCCGGUCAAGCCCACCCUGGAUAGGACAGACCCGCUGAGCUCCGUGCGUCCCUACGGGCUCACCCCGCCCACCAUCCUCAAAUCUUCCAGCCUCUCCAUCCCGCACGAACCCAAGGAGGUGCGCUUUGUGGUGAGGAGCGUCAGCGCCCGGAGCCGGUCCCCGUCCCCCUCGCCUUCCUCGGGGGGCCCCCUGCACGCCCUCCACCCUCCUCGGCCCUUCAUGCAGAAGCCCCUCCAGCUGUGGAACAAGUACGACGUCGGGGACUGGCUGGAGAGCAUCAACUUGGUGGAGCACCGGGACAAAUUUGAGGACAACGAGAUCGAGGGCACCCACCUGCCGGCCCUGACCAAGGAGGAUUUUGUGGAGCUGGGGGUGACGCGGGUCGGGCACCGCAUGAACAUUGAGCGGGCGCUCAAGCAGCUGGUGGACAGCUGACCGUCCCGGGCGGCGCUGCUGGCCUCCUCCGCCGGCGCCGACUCCCUAGAGGGUGGGGUGGGGGCAUUUCUACCACUAGACUAGCAAACAGGAACCAAAUGGCUUCUCUUUCUACUCUGGUCACUGCACUGAAGGGCGGGGAACUGGUGAGCGCCAACUCUCUCUUUCCCUCUCUCUGACAGCCCGGGGUGGGCUGGGGUCCCUGGCAUCCGUGCAAUCAGAGCCGCGAUGCCUCGGGGAGCAGGAAUGU